AUGAAUGACCAAAUCAAGGGUGCCACACCACUUUCUAGUGUGAUCAAUACGGUCAAUACUAUCAUUGGGUCUGGUAUCUUGGUUUUACCAUAUGCAUUCCGCACGGAUUCCAUUUUCUUAGGGACGCUGAUUAUCCUCUUUGCUGGCCUGGCAAAUGGAAUGGGUAUGAUCUUGCAAGGAGCUGCCUCCAAGUUUCUACCCAGGGGCACAGCAACGUUCUUCACGGUGUGCAGAAUCACAUAUCCGAAACUCUCUGUUUUGUUCGACUUUGCUAUUUUCCUACAAUGUUUUGGAGUUAACAUCUCGUAUCUUGUGUUAACGGGGGAUUUACUUCCUCUAGUUUACACAUUUGAUGGGUGGAGUGCACACUCGAUGAAGGUGUUUUACAUUGCUUACUCAACGAUCAUGAUCGUGCCACUAUGUCUGAUGAAGAAAAUUGAUAGUCUCAAGUAUGCAUCGGUUGUUGCUCUAGCUGCCAUCGUUUACAUCUGUGUACUAAUUUAUGGAUACUUCAUUGUUGCAAUCUGUACAGACUACAAAAACAUCCCGACCGAAAAGCUGGGCGGUAUUUCUUACUUCAAGCCGCAAGGAAUCAAGCCUGUGUUCAAAACACUUGGAGUCAUUGUUUUGGCUUAUACAUGUCCGACCCAAUUUUCGAUUGUGUCAGAGUUAGAAAACCCUACCAUGAAGAGGAUUUGCAGCAUCACCUAUGUUUCUAUGAGUAUCACGGCGUUUAUUUUCCUAUCAGUCUCGUACGCGGGAUAUCUCACUUUCGGUAACACUUUGGCAGGGAACAUUUUACUCAUGUACGGUAAUAAUUUUUACACUCAAGCGGGCCGUGCGUUGUUGGUUUUGAUGGUUAUCCUUUCCUUCCCGUUGAUGUUUCAUCCGGCACGGGUUUCUUUUAACAACAUAUACCAUGUUUUCAGUGAGAAAUUGAGCAACAAAAGCGAAACAGCAGAGGAGGAGCACGCCAGGAUAGAUGAAACGUCUCCACUAUUUGGAUCUCAUGAGCCAGAUUCUGCGUUUCUAGAGCUUUCACAUGAACUGGUAACAUUGGGGCAUGGAGUCGAUGUUCCGAUGUCGACCCAAAGAUUCUACAUUUUGAGUGCUGUCCUCUUGGCGGCUUCUUACUCUGGCGCAUUGUUGUUGAACUCCUUCGAGUUAAUUCUUUCUAUUGUAGGAGCUACAGGUGGUGUUUUGAUAAGUUUUGUGUUGCCAGGUUUUUACGGGUACAAGUUGAUAGCGAGUGACGACGUAAACACCAAAAGAAGACUAGAAUCUUGUUCUCCAGAGGAAGCCGAUAACGGCUUAUUUACGAGUCCUUUGUUGAAGAAGAUUUCGUUAUUCUUGAUCGUUUGGGGCCUGAUUGUCAUGUUCAUCUGUCUUUACUCUAUUCUCUUCGAGUAA